AUGGGAGGGAAGGUGAAGAGAGUGGAAGAGAGGGAGGUGGGUGGGAGGCUCGAGAGGGAGAAAGGGGGGUUGCGGGGAGGUGGGGGUGGGUGGGGUUCUGGGUUUGGAAAGAAGGGAUGGGGGAGAAUCGACACCGACGAGGGGGUUGAUGCGGGAAAAUCGGAGAGGGGAGGUAGAGAGCCAGUGGCGCUUGAGAAUAGGGGAGAAUGUGAUAAAGGGGGCGGUGAUGAGAAAGAAGUCGUCGGUACAGAAGAAGGAGGAGGAAUAGGGGAAGGUGAGAGAGGGGAGGCAGAACCAGAGGUUGGAGAUGGGGUCAAAGGCGAACAACUGGUUGAAGUUGGAGGAGGUAUUGUGGGAUCUGGAUUUGGGGAAGAUGGGAGAGAGGCGCGGAUGAGGGUGGGAUCCAAGUUUGGGGAAGAUGGGAAGGAGAAGAAAGGGUGA